UAAUCCUUCACAUGACUAGCCGUGUCGUAGAUCCGAUUCCUCGCAUAAUCAACCCGGUCCGAGGACCGUGGCGGUGACGAUGAGGCCGAUGAGGAAGGAGCCGGAGAUGACGAGGGUGACGAAUCCGAGGAGCUGGGAGGACCCAUAUAAGUUAUCAGAGAUUCACAGAGCUCAGGUAGAUAUCCAGUUAAGGAACGAGGAUUUGAGGAUUGAUACUUACAGAUCCGGUGGUUCAGGUGGUCAGCAUGCAAAUACCACCAAUAGUGCUGUUAGAAUAACACAUUUGCCCACUGGGAUGACAGUGUCCAUACAAGAUGAAAUAUCACAACAUAUGGUUCUUCCACAUAACAAAGCUAAAAGUUCUUAAAGUGCUGUGGGCAAAGCAAUAUGAAA